CGCUUACACAGGAGGAGAGAGAGACGGCUAUGGAGUGACGUCAGGAAAGGGGUACUUCUGCGAUUCCUCGAGACGCCGAUCUACCGUCCUUAGAUCGUGGUUUUGCAAUUCGGAAGAGGGAACCGGCGAUGCUCUGCCAUCUCGGCGGCGGAGGAAUAGCUCCCUCGCUGUCAGAAUAGCUCUUGGCGUGAAAAAGUGAUCCCAGAUUCGCAUUUGCCCGUACAGAUUCCCCGCAGGGGCUGCCGAUCGGCCGAUGGUGCAGAGUCGCCUGCAAAUUUGAAGUACUCGAGUUCGAUCUCCGACCCGAAUCAUGAUUCACUUCGUUCUUCUAAUUAGUCGUCAAGGGAAGGUCAGGUUAACAAAAUGGUACUCGCCAUAUUCGCAGAAGGAACGGACUAAGGUCAUCCGAGAAAUCAGUGGGUUAAUGCUUCAUAGAGGUCCUAAGCUGUGCAAUUUCGUGGAGUGGGGAGGUUUAAAGGUUGUCUACAAAAGAUAUGCGAGUCUCUAUUUUUGCAUGUGCAUUGAUCCUGAGGAUAAUGAACUAGAGACUCUUGAAGUAAUUCAUCAUUUUGUGGAGAUUUUGGACCGUUACUUUGGCAGUGUUUGUGAGCUGGACCUCAUAUUUAACUUCCAUAAGGCCUACUAUAUCUUGGAUGAGCUUGUGAUCGCUGGUGAAAUUCAAGAAUCCAGCAAGAAAACAGUGGCACGGCUGAUAUCUGCGCAGGAUUCUCUUGUGGAAGCUGCGAAAGAAGAGGCAAGUUCAAUAAGCAACAUAAUCGCCCAAGCCACAAAAUGAUACCCAUCAGAUAACAGCAAAUUCAAUCUUUCCUCCAAAUAUGCUCCCAAGCCACCAAGUCAGAUACAAUAUGCUUUUGCUGUGUUUUGUAUCCUUUUCUUUGUGUCAGUGUGUUUCCUGUUCAUUGAAUUUCAAGUAUUCUUCAUGUAACACUACAGUUUGUGACUUCCAGCAAUUUAAGUUCAGUUUUGGCUUUAAAUGCGCUGUAUCUGUGGUAAUGGUUCUGUCACAUUCCAUCACGCCUUAAACAUCUUCACAUAUGCAUACUGAGGGUUUUUUUCCCGGCAAGACAUAUCGCAAUGAAAUACAGUUUAUAUGGGGAUGAUGUUUCUCAA